AUGCAUGAACUGGUUCAAAAUGAAAAAAACAAGGAGAAGAGUAGCAGAGCACGGCCACCACUACAGACACGCACGGGCCCCAACGCAUCAUCCAACAAAAAGUCUUCUUUAUCCAUAGAAGAGAAGCAACAAAAAAGAAUAGCAGCUCGAGCAGCAACAGCAAUGGCACAAGUGCUACAUCGUAGACGUGAACCCCGGUCUCUCAUGAUGUGGGGCGACCGGAAGAAGGCUGUUAUCAAGAGAUACCCUGAUGGAGGACAAGAAAUUAUUGUGCCGCAAACAUUAACACCAGAACAAGAGCAUUACGAAUUUCCACCUCGCUCAAGAUUUCUCAAAAAACUAGCAACAUCUACAGCAGAACGACGACGAUUAUCAGUUCUUCAAGACCACGUGGUGCCGUCCGCCCCUACAUCUGUGUCUGCCGCUGCUGCUGAUCAUCUUACUCCUACUCAUUCUUACAAUACAUUGCCACAACCCCAUAUCCAGCCACUGCCCACCACUACAGCCGCAACUCAAUUUUCAGACAUGCGCCAGCCAGAUCAAUUAGCCUUGAACGAAUGGUUUUCCAAAAAGAUCAAAACCAAUAAAUCCAAUUCCAAGCCCAAUAAAGAUCGAGCUGUCAUAGAUUGGAUGAACGAUGUUGAACGAUCAUCCACAAAAACGCUUUUACCUACUAAACGGCUCAUCAUGUCACCUACGCCAUCUUCUUGUCAUAGUCAUAAAAUUCAAUUCAAAAGCGACGCUGGUAAACGAUGGGCCAACAGCAUUACAUCCAAUACAUCAUUACAUCCUCCUGAUGAUACAUGUCGUAAGCAUUAUGUACCUCGACGGUUAUUGAUCCUCUCCACCAGAAAAGAAGAUGCCAUGCAGCCUGGUUCAUUCACAUCAUCAGCAGAGACUGCCGCCACUAAAAUCCAGGAUAUUUGGAGAGAAUAUCAAAACAAAUCUACACCUAUCGUACUAGAAAACAAGGUGGGCAUGGUUGCCAUGACAACGACAGGACAACGUACACCCAUUGCUGGUAUGGUUCAUCUACUACAGCGAUUGAAUCAGUCAUUUGAACAACGUCAAUUGCAUCAAAAAAAUCGAAUCGCUGAAAUCGAGUCUGUCUUGAAGGAUGAAAUCAAUAAGCGCCAACAAGCAGAAGAAAGAAUGAAGAAAUUGGAAUCAGCUUACCAACAACAAAUACCACAUGAAAAUAACCCAGGUCACGAAAAGUAUCAGACACUCUUGUCUAAAGUAACUGAAUUAGAGCUCUGUGUGAAACGUGAAAGCCAAUCAAGAAAAAUAUUGCAAGAUAAAUUACUAAAGGCUACUGCAUCUGCUCCUUCUCCACCUGUUGCUGCUACAGUUUUGAAAACAAAAAGAAAAACACUUGUACCCAACGCUGCUGCCACUGCAUCUGCAGCGUCUCCACUCGUGAAUCGAUCGCAUGUAAAGCCAUCAUCCAGGGACCGAACUUCUUCUUUGGCACAUGUGGGGCUCAAAUCGACUAAUAAGGCAACGCCCAGCACCGCUGCUACAACACCAUCUUCCUCCAGAAGAUCAACUUUGGUGAGAUCCUCCACUCUCAAGAAGAAAUAA